AUGGCUGUUACUUUGCAACAAAUCGCCGUUCAUCAGUUGCCUUUUUUGCAUCCAAGUGAUCUUCCGUCCCAACCAUAUCACCGAGUAGUGGAAGACGAAGCUGAUGCAGUCAAUCUGAACAUAUCAUUGAUCUCAGAUACACUUAACACUGACCUGUACCAAGGCAUAGAUAAUUAUCCGCCUGUAGAACUUGGAUGCACCAUAGUUGGGGCUCCCGGCAAUAAUGUUGACAUCUGCACAAUGUCACUGCAUACGACGAGAUUCUUCUCUUCAUUUGGCCGCUUCGAGACCGUCAGUCUGGCCAGGCUGGUCUUGUCACCUUCACUGCCCCCCCUCCAUGAAGGGAUGAGCGAGGACAAGGUGCGUUCGGCCUCGGCCAGUCCUGGCAACACGAAAGGGUUGCAAAUUGGGACUGUUUGGCCCACUUGCGGGGAUUCUCCCAUCGACUGGCCAAUCCCGACAUCGGAUACGGGCUGGUCAUCUCGGUCGUCGGGAGCAACUGGUAGGGGCGACGACACCCGGUCAGGGGGUGAGCAGUUCAAUGCUGAUCUGUCCUUCCUUUUUUGCGUGGACAAAGUGGCAAACUGA